GUUUCUCUAAGCUGUUGAGACUCAGAGGGUGGGCCCAGGCCUCCUUUAGCAAGGCCCUCCACUCCCCACCCCUUUCCUGGGCUGCCUGGGGUGAGGCAAGAUAUAAAAGGGCAGGUUUCCUGGGAGAAAGAGCAGGAGGGAGAGAGUUCUAGCUGCCUUGACCAUGAUGGUUGUCCUGCUGCCAGCCCUCCUGGGUGUCACCCUCAUGCUGCCCCGAGUGCAGGCCCUGACCUGUCAGUCGGGAACACUGGAGUCUAUGAUGAAUGCAUCAGCACUGCCCUUCCAGUUGACAGCUGGCGAGAUUGUCUGUGCGAAUGGCUUGGGUUGCCAAGACAUGCUGAUGACCAUAGAGAAUGGACCCAAUGCGUUCGUGGUGAUUAUCAAGGGCUGUACCUUGGAAAAAGAUCAUGACGUCCAAGUCACCCAGCACAGGGCAGGCCCUGGCCUCUCCAUCGUCUCCUACACCCACGUGUGCCGGGAGAAGGACCUCUGCAAUGACCUCUCCAGCACCCUCCCUGUCUGGACUCUACCUCCCUUCGAAGUCCCAGAAUCCUCCGUGCGAUGCCCAGUCUGCUUGUCUACAGAAGGCUGUGAAUCUGUAACAGAGCUGACAUGCCCUGUCGGGCACACGCAGUGCUACAAUGGGGUCCUCCAGCUCAGGGCAGAGGACGUCCACACCAAUUUGAGAGUCCAGGGAUGCAUGUCCCAAGCAGCCUGCGACCUGCUGAAUCAGACUCAGAAAAUCGGGCCUCUGUCUGUGAGGGAGAACUGUGAUUCUAAUGCUUUUCUGACCUGUCAACAGGGGAACAUGUUUACGACUCAGCGAAACCUGAUUCUGAAACCCAUCCAAUGGAACACAGAGAACAACGUCAUAUGUGAUUUUCAGGAGAUGUGUCAGGAGACACUUCUGCUCAUAGAUGUAGGACCCCAAUCAUUGAUAAUGGGGAGCAAAGGCUGCACCAGGGCCAGGACCCAGGAUUCCCAGACUGUGACCAUCCACUCAGAGUCCCCCGGAGUACUCGUUGCCUCCUAUGCCCAUUUCUGCUCCUCCAGUGGCUGCAACAAUGCCAGCAGUAGCAGUGUCCUUUUGGACUCCCUCCUUCAUCCAGCAGCCCCUGCCCCGGGAGACCUUCGGUGUCCUGCCUGCGUGGGACUCUAUGGAUCCUGUACUAAAAUUGUCACAUGCCCUAAGGGCACCAGUCAUUGUUACAGUGGUUCCAUUCGACUCCAAGGGCGUAAGCUGAGCUACACAUUUAACGUUCAGGGCUGCGUGGCCCAACCUUCCAGCUCCUUGCUGAAUCACACCAACAUUAUUGGGGACUUGUACGCAAUGGAGACCCCUGAGACGAAAGAUAAGCCUCCCAUCCCAGAGAUAGCUGGAGCUGCCCCUGCCCCCUACCUGGCUUGGGUGGUGACGGUGGGGCUCUCCCUAGCACUUUGGUGUGGGGUGCCCUCCCUGCUGACUCCAUUUCCCCUUGAUUCUUAGUCCCUGCUGACCCCCUAAACCCAAACCUCCCUCUGACCUUAUAACCAAACACUGAGUUAUUUCCCAUCUUCUCCAUGAAUUCUCACCCACGCACAACCCACACACCUUGUGACCUGAUAACAACAUAUGGAAGGGCCUGGGAGCAGUUGAACCU